CGUAGCCUCCGCGGACCCGCCAUGGGCAGCGCAGCCCCGCUCUCCGCCUGCGCCCCGCGCCUGCUGCUGCUGCUGCUGCUGCUCUCGCUGUGCGCCGAGCGGCCGCGCGGCGCCGAGCUCACCUUCGAGCUGCCGGACAGCGCCCGGCAGUGCUUCCACGAGGACGUGGAGCCGGGCGUCAAGUUCUCCCUCGACUACCAGGUCAUCAGCGGAGGCCACUACGAUGUCGACUGCUACAUGAAGGACCCCCUGGGAAACACCAUCUACAGGGAAACCAAGAAGCAGUACGGCAGCUUCACACACCAGGCUGAGGUCAAGGGCGUGUACCAGUUUUGCUUCAGUAACGAGUUUUCCACCUUCUCUCACAAGACCGUCUAUUUUGACUUUCAAGUGGGCGACGAGCCCCCCAUUCUCCCGGAAAUGGGGCACAGGGUCACGGCUCUCACCCAGAUGGAGUCCGCCUGUGUGACCAUUCACGAGGCCCUCAGGACGGCGAUUGACUCUCAGACGCAUUACCGGCUCCGGGAAGCCCAGGACCGGGCCCGGGCCGAAGACCUGAACAGCCGGGUCUCCUACUGGUCUGUCGGUGAGACCGUCGCCCUCUUUGUGGUCAGCGUCAGCCAGGUGCUGCUGCUGAAGAGCUUCUUCACGGAGAAGCGGCCCAUGGGCAGGGCGGCCCCGUCCUAGUCGGGGGGCCCGGGCCAGGGCUCCUGCGGGCUGUGCGUGCGACCCAGGACUGGUGGACAUGUGCUCACCUCCUUCUGCUCGGGUGCUUCAUCCUCGUCCCUCAGCUGCCAGAGGUCAUGGAGCUCAGGGUUUGGAAGGCGUCUCUCUGCAACGCUGAAUGAAAAAGUUUACAGUCGGGAUAAGGACGGGCCACUGGGGUGGGGGCUUUCAGUGCCGCGGCCUCUGGGGGCACCUCAGGCUGCUCCCUCUGCUCCACGGUGCUGGGGCAUCUGGCCUGUGUGGGUCCUGUCUGGGGGGUGGGGCGUGCCUAGGUCUUGCCUUGCCUCCCACGGGGCACCCUGUCCUGAGGAAACCAGGCCCUGAGGCAGCUUUGCAGAACUCCCACCCCAGGUGGCACAGCUGCCAGCCCAGCACGCAGGGAUGGCGUGGUGACCGGGUGCCCUUGGUUGUCCGUGUGUCUUCUGGGAGGCGGGACCCUGGCUAAUAAAGACUCAGCAUGA